AUGGUAGAACGAUUACACCGGCAACUAAAGUCAGCUAUCAUAUGUCACGCCACUGACCGAUGGACCGAAGUGAUAUCUACCGUUUUAUUGGGAAUACGAUCGGCAUGGAAAGAAGAUAUUCAAGCCACCUCCGCGGAUCUUACCUACGGACAGCCGCUGCGAUUGCCUGGAGAGUUCCUAGCCCCAAGAAAGGGCGAAACGUUCGAGGAUGUAGCUGAUUACGCCGAGCGACUCAAAAACGACUUCGCAAACUUGACCCCAGUUGCAGCUACAAGUCAUAAACAACAAAAGACAUUCGUCUUUAAGGAGUUAGCUAACACCGAUCAAGUUUUCGUACGAUAUAAUGGACCCAAACAACCCCUACAUCCUGCGUACGAAGGUCCAUACACGGUCAUUAGCAGGACAGUAAAAAUAUUCAUCGUGCGAAUAAAUGGCAAAAAUGUCGUGGUCUCAAUCGACCGUUUAAAACCAGCAUUUACCAUGUCAGAGGACGACACGCAAGAAAAAGUUCCUCAGCAAACGAUGCAGUCCGAGCAACCUAUCCAGGAUCAAAUGCAACCCACAGUUAACCGAUCAGGCAGGAAGGUUCGCUUCACCGAUCGCUAUCAAGCAAGCCCAUAA